AUGAUCACACCAGUCUUGAGAGGGAGUCAUCGUAUGCAAGGGCCUGCUGAUGAGACUGAUCAUGAUAUUAAGAAGAAUAUGGUGUCAUCUCAAUCUAUAAAAGAAUUUGGUAAGCAUUCUAUGAGUAGGAAAGUUCAUAUGAGAGGCGAGUCUGGGGCUUGUAACCUGUGCUCUGCUCCCUGUUCAUCUUGUGUGCAUUUUAAUAGAGCUCUUAUGGGGUCGAAGGCUGAUGAAUUUUCUGAUGAAACCUGUCGUGUUAAUGCGGCUAGUCAAUAUUCUAUCAAUGUGGGCGAUACUUCAGCCUCUUUUAAGAGCAAGGCAUGUGACAGUUUACAACAUACCACCAGUGAGACUAGUAACCUACUUAGUGUUAAUUCAAGUCAUGAUUCGUUGUCUGAAAAUGCUGAAAGCAAAGCACCCAUAAGGUCUUCUGAUACAUCUGAUGCUGUAGAAGGGUUUGAGAUGCUUACAAAUACGUUUGAGGAUUCUAAAGUUGUUGAAGUCAAUGACGAUAACAUUUCAUGUAUAAGUAGAGUCAAUGAUGCAAAUUUAGCAGUCAAUCACCAUAACAGAAAUGUAGAACGGAAGAAUUUGUCUUGUAGUUUUGCUUCAGUUGGUAGUGUAGAUCCAGAAGAAGUUGAAAAGGCACACAAGUCAGUCUUGUCAGAGAUGGUAAAAGCUGCAGAUGCUGGUGAUAGCGCAACAAAGGGAAAACUGCCAGAAUGCUCUGGGAAUACGGAUUCAUCAUUAAUAAAACAGUCACCAUCUGAUAUUGUCGCUUGCCAGAAAUUUGAUUCUAAUAAAGGUUUGGGGGCCUCUACAAAAAUCUGUCCAAAGACAGAAGUUGAGAUCAAUGGUAAUGGCCAAGACCUAAAUGAUGAAGCUUUGAAAUGUUUGGAUCAUGGUGAACAAGAUCUGAAGUCAAAUGAGUUGGUCGCAGUAGCUGAGAAGCAGCCCUUGCAAUCUGCUUCUGGAGAUGACAGUGAUGAAUCAGACAUUGUGGAGCAUGAUGUAAAAGUAUGCGAUAUUUGUGGGGAUGCAGGUCGCGAAGAUAUGCUUGCCAUGUGUAGUAGGUGCAGCGAUGGUGCAGAACACAUCUAUUGCAUGCGAAAGAUGCUUCGGAGAGUUCCUAAAGCUCAAUGGCUGUGUGAGGAAUGCAAGUUUGCUGAGGAAGCUGACAACCAGAAGCAAGGUUCAGAUAUGGAGGGAAAAAAAAUGGAUAAAGCCAUUUUGAAUACACAAUUCUCUAAUAAGAGACUAGCAGAAAAUAUAGAAGUAGCUCCUGCUGCGAAAAGGCAGGCUCUUGAAAUUCGUGUGGGAUCACCAAGGCCAUCCAGCCCUAAGAGAAUGGGUGCUCUAUCACGUGAGUCUUCGUUCAAGAGCGUAGAUAAGGAUAGAUUGAGGUCAACUUAUCAGAGCUCACAGUCCAUUAAUGAUAUAUCAGAAACUGCACGCUCUCCUUCUAGUGGUAUACGGCUUCAAACAACCAAGGGUACAUUGUUAAAGUCAAAUUCGUUCAACACCUUAACUUCCAAACCAAGAGUUAAGACUGUAGAUGAUGUUCCUCAAAAGCAAAAGGGAUCUAAAGAACAUUCUUCCCUUGAUAUGAAGGAGAGGGUGGCCAGAAUGAUGGGCAAAUCUGUGUCAUUCAAAUCUGCGAACUCAGGGCGUUCAAAUGUGUCUGAAUCAAAAGUUAAAAUGCUUUCAUCUAAAUUUAGCCAUGUUCAAGAUCUAAAAGGAUUGAAACAAGCAAAAGAGCGGAGCACAGUUGAAAGAAAAAAUUUGUCCAAACUAGACCGCCCCCUUGCUAGUUUUCCCGCAACUAGUCCUAUUGUUUCAACACCUAAGAUUGACCCAGCAUCUCGUGGUGAAACUAGUUUGCUUUCAUCUGUGAGCAACAAUCGAGAGUCGAAGGUCGUAUUACCUGAUGGAAAAUUAAGUACUAUAGCAAAAUCUAUUGGUAAUCUGACUCGUAAAGGUGUUGAGCCUCAAAAUGCUUCAGUUGGAGGUUCGUCUACGAAUGGAAUAUGUAAUUCUGCUUCUGAACAAAAGUCAAACCAAGUUAGCUCUAAGGAUGAACCCUUAUCCAGCUAUUCUGGGAUUGUUGAGAAACCAUGCUCUAAUGUUGACGAAACAUUAGAAGAUGUGUUCCCGCAAUCAGUGGAAAUGACAAGUCAGGCUGAUAAAACCAGGGAGAGCUCUGCUCGUUGUAGGCCUACUGUUACAGCUAGUCCAAAAUGUAAAGACAUAGGUCAUACUGCGGAAUUUUGCAGAGUUGGCAUUUCACAGACUUCUGGUACUGAUGCUUCUACUCCAAUAAGUUCUAGGGAGGAUAUGCCCAGAGGUAAUAGGUUGAAAGAUGCAAUUCACGCAGCUUUGCUUAGAAAGCCUGAAAUAUACAGAAAAAAGAGAGUAUUCGAUCCAUCUGAUGAGUUGUCCACAUCAAAUGUGGACUUAAGUUAUGAAGUAGCUUCUCAAGAGCAAUCAUUGAUUUCAAAUAAGUUGAAUAAUAUCACAUGUAGUGAAGGAUCACAUGAUGGACAAACAGUUCUUGGGACUUCUACUUCUGACUCUUACAAGAAUACAACUGUCAAUAAUUUAAAGCAGCAUACAGUGCAGCCCAUUGAUUCUGUGUUUCCUUCCAAACUGACAGACUCUGUUUCUGUUGUUCCUUAUCUUGGAAAGUCUACAGUGAAAGAUUUGCAUAGUCAUGCUUCAGUGGCGAUGUAUGUUCUUGCAAAGACAACAGCCAUACCAGAAUAUGAAUACAUCUGGCAGGGGAGUUUCGAAGUGCAGAGAGGUGGAAAUUAUUUGGAUUUAUGUGGUGGAGUUCAAGCUCAUUUGUCAACUUGUGCAUCGCCAAAGGUUCUUGAAGUGGUGAACAAAUUUCAGUUCAAAGUUCCUCUGAGUGAAGUACCUCGCCUGAGUGUAUGGCCUUCACACUUCCAUCAAAGUGGUGCUAAAGAAGAUAACAUUGCACUUUACUUCUUUGCCAAAGAUCUUGAGAGUUACGAAAGAGACUACAAGAUCCUGUUGGAGGCUAUGAUCAAGAAUGAUCUAGCCCUCAAAGGGAAUUUCGAUGGUGUUGAACUUCUGAUAUUCCCAUCAAAUCAGCUUCCUGAGAGAUCACAACGUUGGAAUAUGCUGUUUUUCCUAUGGGGUGUUUUCAGGACAACGAGGGUGCAUCGUUUGGAUUUUACUAAGGAGACAUGUGUUCCCAGCUUGAGCAACUCAUUGGAUAAAUACGGAACUUUGUCAGAGAACCUAUGCAUACCUAACCAUAUAGAUGAAUUCUCUGCUUCUGACAAAUGUCGUGAUGUAGUGUCUGCAGCCAAUUCCCUUCUUCAUAUGGGUCCCACAGUUAGCAAGGAUCAUGUGAGCAAAGAUACUUAUCCUGAGGAGGUACGUUCAGGUUCAAAAGUGAACUUGAUGGUACAGAAUAGUAGGCUUGACUCCAACACAACAAACAAUGCAGGCUUAUCUGAAGGAGUUCCAUGCACCGCUUCCCUGCAGCAGGAAAUUUGCCUUCGAGGGAGUGGACUUGGCACAGAAAUUAAAUCUUCUAUUCCAAUAACUGGCUCAAAUAGCUCCAACAAAGGUGAGAAGAGGCAAGUGCAUUGGGUCACUUCUGGUGAUAGAGAAGGUGCUGAGUCUUUGAAGAUUCGACCUAUUUCCAAUCAAGCGGUAGCCAUUGCUGGGAGUGUUGCUGAGGAGACAAUUCCAGAUAGAAAGAAAAGGGUUGGUCUCGCAGGAGGUGUUGAGGAGGUGAUUCUGGACGGAGUAAACAUAGAGAGUGUUGAAUGUAAACAAGAUAAGGAAUUGAAGAGAGAUUACGGAUAUAAGGAAAUAGAAGCAGCUUUGGUGAGAGACUUGACAGCAAAAGUCAACUCUUUUCAGUCUAGUAAAAGAAAACAUCCUCAUAUAGCUCUUUCAGAGACAGCAGCUUCUGCAGCCACGAAUCAAGAAAUGUCAUGGAAUGAGGUGAAUAGUACACAGAUAGAUGGUGAGGGUGAUAGUAAGAAGCCAAAAAUUGGUUCAAGUGGAUUGUAUGGUUGUAGCACAUCUAGGGGUACAAAUGCUGUUGAUGAUGGUUUUGUCUCACAUAAUGAUAUGGGUCCUUGUUCUUUGGUUGAGAAGAGAUGUGUUGAAGCCUGUGAGGAGAAAGUUAUUCCAGAGGACUUGGGAACUACUGAGAGAUACUUUUUUCCUGUGGAUUCACGGCAUGUUCAGCAUUUUCACACAGUUGACAACUCUGUGCCUUGGAAAGGUUCCUCAUCAGGAGAUGAGGAUAAGUCUCGUGAUGGGUUCCCAAGUCUCGAGCUUGCUCUAGGGGCAGAAACAAAACCGCAAAAUAAGGGAAUCCUGCCCUUCUUUGUUGGAUUAGCGGACGAGAAAAAUAACCAGGAUAAGCCUUUGGAUGCCGUGGUGGAUGAGAAAGAUGAUGAUGCUUCUGCCUCCCUUUCCCUCUCCCUUUCAUUCCCAUUCCCAGACAAGGAACAGCCUGUGAAACCUGUUUCAAAAUCGGAACAGCGUCUGCCUGAAAGGCAUCAUGUGAAUACAUCACUGCUUCUCUUUGGGCGCCUUCCAGACAAAUAA